AUGUUUCAGAGCCUCACCAUCCCCUCGGAUAUUCUUGAAAGUAAGAUCAGGGACAAAGAUAAAAAAGAAUAUGAAGGCCUUCAAUUAUAUCACCAAAUGGCCGAAUCAACUAGAAAUAAGAAUGGCACGCUCUAUCUCGCCCGAAUGGACGUCAUUCAUGUAACGCUAACUUCUCAGAUAUCGAAAACCAUCGGCGAGAUCACGAGAUAUUUUAGAGCCUGCUCGGAGAUACUCGCAAAUUUUCACAACCUCCAAACUGUGAGGAUAAACUUAGACUUCCCAGAAGAGAUCCUAACUCCGAUUCCGGACUUCCAAGACCGUUUAUUCAAUGGACUCUUCACACACCUAUCUAUCCAUUGCCCUAAAUAUACGUCUAUUAUGGGACUAUCUAUCAAUAUCGGUAUCGGUGUUGAUAUAUUAGGAAAGUUUCCCAGAGCAGAUUACUUCUCUCGCGGGAUAGAAGACCAGGAGAACAGGCAGUUUCUUGGCCUGGAUUCCAAAUCCAAACUUUCCCCCCCAUACCCCCCAUCUCUCGAGAUAUUCGACAUAAAAAGCAAAUUUUCCACAACGGGGCACAGCUAUACUUCUUCCUUUGAAUUUUCAACUACCCUCAAAGGAUUCCUCUAUAGCCUCUCGCUCAUCCAAUGCUCCGGUGCUACCCUUCGCACGAUCGACUUCGACAUGAACCCUUGGGCCCUCGAAGCCAUCUUUUGGGGGAGAAUAUGGCUACACCUCCCAUCCAACAACAUCACAUUCCCCCUCGUCAAAUCCAUAUCAUUAAACAUCAAGUCCCUACCUGCUCUACAAGACUCCAAAUCCAUUUUACCAAAACUCACAGCCCAAUUCCCAAACAUCGAAGAAGUGAGUAUCUCCUACGAGCGGGGGCCCAGCCGCAAUAUUAAAGAUUAUCACUCCUACUUCGAAAAUCUCGCGGAGAUACCCGGUAUCCGCAGACUACGGACCUACUGGCCAAUAUCAGAAUUUGUAGUACGAUCUAAAUAUGACCUGAUGGGAGCGAAUGAGUUAAUCAACUUGACCAGAUGUUUCGCGGUGGACUAUAAGUUGCACCAUCUUGAAGAGGUAAUUUUUACUCAUGACGAUUGGGCGGCAAGACACGAUAGCUACCGGGGUAGGAAAAGGUAUAAGGCUAUCGCCUGUCGUGUUAAUAGAGACGAUUACGGGUGGAUGGAAAUCAAAGUUGGAGAGGAGUUUCGAGAGGUAGGACGCUUUUUCGACCGUUGUAAUUAA